UACAGACAAUGAAUAUAAAACAGUUGUGGCCUUCCAUAUACAAUCUCAUUGGUUAAACAUACGAUGCUUUGUUUGGCAUGUACCACGUGGGAUUAGGCAAAAAUGCACAUCAAACAAGUAGAAUUAUCGGUCAAUUGUUAAUACUAUCAGAAUAUGCAUCACGAUAAGAGUUACAUUACAAUUCGUGACCUCUAACUUAAUGAUAAAAGAGCACUCGGGCAAAACGACACAGGCACGAUGUUUCAGAUGUAUGAUAGUCAGGGUGGUGUAUACAGAAACACUAUAGUAAAAUACAUCGCUGAACAGAGAAGUCACUUUGAACGUCGGGACUGAAUAACAGUAACUAUGAGCAAGUGGAGUUAUCUACACUCACCUCCAACUGUACCAAAUACGUACAGCAGUUUAAAUGACGCUUUAAAGAGAAAUUCAGAAACCUCUCCCAAUACAGAGGCGUUCAUCUAUCGUUGUCCAGAUGGAUCUCGCCAGAGUAUCACCUCCAGUGACCUCUAUGAAAAAUCGAGAUGUGUGGCCAAGUACCUCAUUACUUCCGGUCUAUCGCGGCAGGACAAAGUUGUCAUUUUCGGUCCUAACACACUAGCAAGAAUCGUAGCGGAAUUUGGCAUCUUAUUGGCAGGAGGUGUUGUCCUUCAACUCAAUAUCAACGUCAAAAAUGCCACCGACGCCGCCGAUAUGUUAGACAAGGGUAGAUGCAGAAUUGUGUUUGCUGAUCCUGGUGAGAACGAUGUUUUGCUUCCGGUUAUAAGUAGUCUGGAAAGGGAGGAUAAUAAUAAAAAACAAGAGCAUCAGUUCAUCUUUUUGAGAAAAUCAAGCUCAACAAAAAUCGCCCACACCCUCAUCAGCGACAUUCAAAGUGCAGAGAAUGCAAAUACGGUGUUGCCGGAGGUAUAUCCCGAGGAUGACGCAAUUAUAUUUACUACGUCCGGUAGUACUGGUAAGCCUAAAAUGGUUGUCCAUACUCAUUUAAAUUUUAUUAAUGCCUUUCAACAGUUCGCCCGUAUAAAAGAAGAACAAAACAAAUCAUUCAACAAUCGGCCUUUUUGCUGGCUUGGUGGAACACUAGCAAUUCCCAUAGUUAUGGGAUCUCCUUUGGUUUUCACCGACUCAAAUUUAAGCACAACAGUGGACGGAGUCAAAACCAUUUGGAAAAUUAUGAAAGAAGAAGAUGUUGACAAUGCUUUAUUGAUGCCGUAUGUUCUACACGACCUUAUCACAGAGCAAGACAAUAUCGAAGACGAUGGAUUCCGGUUGCAAUCCAUAACGACUGGUGGUCAAAUUAUAGACCAUUUCUGCACAAAAGUAUUAGGAAGGUUCUGCAGAUCAUUAUCAGUUGGAUACGGUUCAACAGAGAUCAUUGCCGGCACCUUUCUGCCUACUCUUCGUCCGGGAGAUCACCUCGAAACUGGAAAUGUGGGAAAUCCUAUGAACGGUGUGGAAGUCAGGAUCGUCGACUCAGAAGGACAUCCAACAAAAAUAGGGCAGGUAGGCGAAAUUCAGAUCAGGAGUAGCUUUUUGAUGAAGGAAUAUUUCGCAGAUGAAGCUAUGACGAUGAAAGCAUUUACAGAUGAUAGGCAUAAAUGGUUUAAACCGGAAGAUCUUGGUUUGAUUACGUCAUCAGGAGAUCUGAUCAUACGCGGUAGAGUAAAAGAUAAUAUUUCCCGCGGUGGAAGGAAGGUGCUUCCGGCGUUGGUGGAUGACGUAGUACAGCAUCUAGAUGGUCUCCGUUUCGUGGCGACAGUGGCAGUACCAGAUGCACGGCUGUAUGAAGAAGUAUGUGUCUGCUUCAUAGCGGAGGAAGGGGUUGACCUGUCUCCAUCAGACGUUCAGCGUUAUUGUGAAGAUAAAUUCUCCAAGGAUGAAUCGUUAGAUGGCAUGGGGUCUAUGCCCAAAUAUUUUGUCAGAUUCGACGAAUUUCCAACGCUCUUCACUGGGAAGCCCGACAAACAGGAACUGAAGCGACGGGCAGCAGGGCGCCUAAAACUUCAUGUCGGUUGAUAGGAAAGCAUUUCUGUAUGGCAUGCAGAUAACAAUUUAUUCUCUAAUAUAUUUGGAUUUCAUACAAGUUAUAUCUUAAACAGAGCACAAGACGCAUUUUGGCAUAACAAGGUAACAAAGUGAUAAGAAAACAGCUUAUAUGAAACUGGUUAAGUUACUUAUGUUCUAAUAUAUGUUCUGAAUGAAAUUUGAAAACCUUGGAAAGGUGAGUCCUCCUUUGCUUAUAUCAAGCAGAAUGAUUUUAUUUUGUGUUGUAAAUGGCAGUUAUAUUUGUACAUUCAUUCCCGAAGGAACAUUUGAACUCGUACAAAUCGAAGGAUGGAAUAGUUCAUUAAAAAAUUCAAGGGGCAAAUGAGCUAACAUAAUUAUUUAGAGUUGUGGCACUGUUAAUUUACAAUAUGGGUCUGUUCAUUAUCGUAAACACAUUACUUAAUUGACGAUGAUGCUGUUCAUUUUGAUCAUGCUGACCAUUAUGAAAUCAAGAUGAUUGUCAAACCAACACAAAUAUCAUACGUCGUACAUCGUACGUUGAAGCCUUCGCACAUGCGCCAGGGAGGAUUGCGGGGGGGAGGGGGAGGGGGAUCACCUAAUAGAUGAAUCUAUACUUGAGACUGAAAAGUCAUCUAAGGAUUGAACAACAUGAACAUUGGAAACUUCUCGUCAAUAAAGAUAUCUAUUUUUUAAAUUUGUUAAGUUAUCAUUUAUCUUAAUAUAGGUAUUUCCUUAUAUUUUCGAUAUGGAAUUGUCGGAGCUAACGAGAUUCCUUGAACAGGCUACCGUCACCGAAAUAUUUGCAUCUACCUGUUGUCUCACGUUAUUUAAGGCGGAGGAGAAGCUCAAAAUGACGCAAAUCAAUUGGCGCUCAAUGACCUAUAUUCACCAUUGUAUGGCAUUGCUACUAUAUAACCCUACCAGAGAUAGUUGCGAAUUGUCCAGCUCAUGAAAUGCAAACAGUGUAGGAAUUUCAAGGAAUGAAAACAAGUUGCGGUUUCCUCCCCUUGAUAGACAAUAUUCUGUUACGUUUGUUGACAAAAGGAAAUGGAGAAAAGAAGUUAUCAUACGUGACUAAGUUUGAAAUUAAAACAAAGGUAUAAUAAUAUAUAACAAAACUCGAAAAUAAACGUUACGUUACUUUAAAAAUAAAAUUAAACGCCACCUAUAUGUAAGGAUUAUAUGUCGUCUGCGAAAUGGAUGAUAGCGACGAUAUAGGAUUAUCCGACUCAGAGCUUGGAAAAUGGAGUAUUUGUUUGCCCAGUGAUAUGAAUUCCGAUGAAAUGGAUAUGGAUUCCGGCGAGGAAGAGAUCUUAAGCGGACUAGAUCUAGAAGGGAUAGUAGAGUUGAUGGCAACUUCGCGGCUCCGCAGGAUUUUCAAAAGAAAUUGAAGCGGAAAUACAGAGGGCGGCGUUGGGCUUCCUGCACCCUCCAGAAACAAAAGGAGAGGUUUGACAAUGCAACUGUUGAUGACCUUUCACUUUAUUGCGAUGCCACACGGGCGGAAAAACACAGCCUGGGGGAUAAAGGUAUGUCAAGGUAGGUUUGAUUGGUACUGUAGAGGUUUGUUGAAACAUGUAGUGUCACACUGUAUAAGAAUCAAUCAAAACACGUUAAAUGUUGCAAUUUAUAACACUCAAACAAAAGACGGCUUUAACUGUUACAAAGCUUACUUUCUCACUUCUUAUCUUGGGAAUCACAGUCUUUAAUUGUAUUUUACAGUUUUAAUAUUGAGAAAAACUGGGAAAUCGGUCAGCAUGCAGGAGGUAAGCAUUCAGGACCUGGUCGAGGAACUCAGGAGAUUUUAUGUUGAAGCUAGGCCGAAGGGGGUAGAUCUGUACCGUAGGAACAAUUUAAGAAUAUUCGGAGAGUGAUAAACAGACAUUUAGCCGAUAUUCAUAGGAACAUUGAUAUCGUGAGAGAUAAAGAUUUCAGACGUGCGAAUUAUUGUUAUUGAACCAUGUCACCUAGAAAAAAUCGCCACUUACCUGUCCGUUGUUGAUACCUUACCCACCUGUGGUCCUUCGCCACUGUGUGUGGUUCAAUUUAUCCAUUCACUUUGUGACAAGGAGGAUGAAAUUUCAUCACCAACAUUUCAUCAACAUUUCAACGUGACGAAUCUGAAGAAUAUGUAACACUGUCACACACAACCCACCAACAAAAAAAAAGUGGAUUGGAAUUCCGAGAAUCGGUUAAUGAUAAGCGAAUGUACAAUUGUCCGGGGUCGUCCUGGUGUCCGGUGAUAAUGUUGAAACUUUUUUUAGAACAAAACUAACGUAAAUGCCGCACAGCUGUUCAAUCAGUAUAACAAGAUUGAUUGUACCUCCCCUUUGACCACUAACAUUUGGUACAAAACAAAUCCUCUGGCGAAACGUACAAUCGCAUGUUUUCUCUCUGACGUAUGUAAAUCGUCCCAUGUCGACAAGCAGUACACACCUCAUUUCCCUGGGGCCGCGAUGGCCAAGUGGUUAAGGCGUCUGACAUUCUGAUACCACUAGCCCUCCACCACUGGGUC